UCUCCCAGGAUGCAGCGCGCGGGCGGGAGGUUUGGAGCCCCGGGACCCUGCGCCCGCCCAGGGCGUCUCGAACGUGGCGGCUCUGGGACGCAGGUCCUCGCGCGGUGAGGUAGGGCUGGCCCGUGGUCCUUUACCUGUGGCUGGCGGCGGAGCUGGCUUGACUCCCAUCUUUGCGGGAUAAUGGGAAUGGAAGCGAGCCUGCCGGAGCCUGUGUCCAUCACUCUUUGGAAUGGUGACUAGGUGUGCAGCAUAUUGAUUCAACAAUUCUAUACAUUAUUCAGUGCUCACCAUGGAAUAGUGACUUCCUUAAGGUCCUAACGCUGCACUGCUUUUACAAAGUUUAAAAGCAUCAGCUGCGGGAUGCCUUAGUGGCUCAGUGGUUGAGUGUCUGCCUUUGGCUCAGGGCAUGGUCCUGGAGUCACAAGAUCGAGUCCCACAUCGGGCUUCCUGCUUGGACCCUGCUUCUCCCUCUGCCUAUGUCUCUGCCUCUCUCUCUCUCUCAUGAAUAAAUUUUAAAAAAUCUUUUAAAAAAAUCAUCAACUGCAAUCAAUUUGCAUUCGAAAAUUGGACCAAAAAACAAAAAAAAAGAAAAUUGGACCAACACAAAGACUUGAUAUUGUGGAAUGACUAGCAAACAAGCAAUGUCAUUUGACAGACAAGAAAUGCUCAUGAGUUAUAAUGGGGAAGUCCUUAUUUUUCGAUUGUCUAAAGGAGAUUUUGCAAGUAAAGGGCUUGCAAAAAUACCCGUAUUACAUGUCAGGAGAAUGGUAUUUGACAGAGGAACAAGAACAUUUGUUCAGAAGUCUACUGGAUUCCUUAUGCUAAAAGAAGAAAACUCUCAUUUAAAAAUUAUGUGUUGCAACUGUGUGUCAGAUUACAGAACUGGAAUCAAUCUCCCUUGUAUUAUGAUACAAUGCAAUAAGAAUAAUGUCUUCAAAUAUUUUCUUCUAUUUCUUCACAGAACCAAUAAAUUUGAAAAGCGAUUGAGUUUUAAACUAAGGCAUGAGUUGAAGGAUGGUGUAAGAGUCCUUGAUGGCCCUUUAGUUUUAUGGAGACACGUGAAGACAUUCUACUGUAUCUCUUCCCAAACCAGCAGAAUUAUUACUGUGUCUGUUAAUAUUGCCUCUGUUGAGUGGGCAGGGGAGAUUGAAAAUCUAGGUAUGGUUUUAUUAGGAGCAAAGGCAAGUUUUUUAUCUGAGGAGGACUGCACCAAAAAGCUUUCAAAAUCAGAUUAUGAAAUUUGGAAUACCAAAUUUUGUGUAUACUCCCUUGAAAAUGAAGAAAUAAUAAGUGAUACAUACAUUAUCCCUCCUGCUUAUAGCAGUGUAGUAACUUAUGUGCAUGUCUGUGCAACUAAGAUUGUCGACAACCAGUUAAGAAUGUCUGUGAUUGCCCUUACUCGGAAGAAUCAGCUGAUUUCAUUUCAAGAUGGGACUCCUAAAAGUAUUUGUCAGCUUCCAUUUGGAGAUCCUUGUGCAGUUCAACUUAUGAAUUCAGGCAGAGGAGGAGACCUUUUCAUCGUAUCCUUUAGGUCCAGUGAUGCUUGUGCCAUUUGGAAAAAGAACUUUCAGGUUGCUGCUAAGUGGGAAAAAAUUAGCUCAGUACUGAUAGAUGACUUUCUAGGACUUGGAAGUGAACAAGUACUGCUACUUUUUCAGGACUCCUUGAAUUCAGGUUGCUUGAGUUCAUUUAUAAUAACAGAUCUUGGCGACAUAAACUAUUCAAGUGAAACAUUGGAUUGCGAUGAAGAUGACUUAUUUGAAGACAAAGAACAGAAUUGUUAUUUGAUGAUUCCACCUCUGGAAAGAAGAUUGAAAGUUGGUUUGGCUUCUGUUCAGGAAUUGAAGCAGCAUCUCUUGGUUAAGGAAAAAAUUAUUUCAAAAUCUUACAAAACUUUAAUAAACCUGGUUCAAGGGAAAGAUGAUAGUACAUCAUCUACAAGUGCAGAGAAGGCACAUCUUGUUACUCUUUGUGGUAAAGAAGAAAAUCCUGUCUGUACCUUUGAUGAAAAGAUAGCAGACUGUUUUCAAGAUUCAGAACAGCUAGUAGAGAAGAUAUGGUAUCAUGUAAUAGAUGACAGUUUGGUUGUUGGAGUGAAAACCACAUCUUUGAAGCUGUCCCUGAAUCAUGUGACUUUAUCACUGUUAAUGGAUCAAGCUCAUAGCUCCAGCUGUCGGCUUAUUAAAUGUCAAAAUAGGGUGAUCAAGUUGAGUAGAGAAUUUUUCCCAGCACCAUGCUCAGUGCCAUGUGAAAUAGGAUCAGAAUCCAAAAGGAUCAAGUUGACUGUUGAUAGUGAGGAAGAGGAAAAGGAAGAGGAAAGUUUUGUUUGUGAACAGUCAUCUAAGAAAGAGUGUGGACAGGUCAUUACUGCUGUCACAUCUCUUUCACCACUUUUAGCGUUCAGUAAUUUUUGUUGCACCGUGCUGCUACAAAUUAGGGAGAGGGAAAAUGGUAAUUCUUCUGAAGAUCAUUAUAUUCAGUGUGGCAGACUUUUUUUAAGUCUAGAAGAUCUUUCAAGUAGGCAAUACCUGCUGAUAUUUCCAAAGAAGAAACCUAUAGAACACGUGGAAGAUCUCUUUGCACUUCUCACAGCAUUUAACAGAACUUGUUUUCAAAUCACAUCAUCCAGCUAUUCCCUGACUUCAAUGAAGAUGUGGCUUCUAGAACACAUGAAAUGUGAAGUAAUCAAAGAAUUUCCAGAAAUUUGCUUUUGCAAAAGGCCAGGAAGUUUCUAUGGGACACUCUUCAAGUGGAAACAAAGAACACCAUUUGAAGGGAAUUUAAUAGUCUAUUCCAGGAAUCAAACAGCUUUGUUCCAGUGCCUUCAUAAUCUCAUCAUAGCUCUCCCUAUAAACUGUUUCUUCAAAAACCUAAAAUUAGGAAGUGUCGAUUUCCUAAUUGAUCGUUUGGCAUUAACUUUGGAGAAGGAAUUGGUUACCCUUGGUUCUCUUUCUUCUGCCUUAGUUAAGGUUGGAAACAACUUGGUGCAAAGUUGUGAAGCAAGCAAAGAAAAGAGUAGUGGUGUGGCGGCUUUAUCAGACAGAAAGGAAAACAUCCAUCCCUACAGAAAAGAACUUCAGAGAGAAAAGAAGGAAACGUUGGGGACGAACCUAAAAGUGAGUGGUGCCCUUUAUAGAGAAAUGACUUUGAAAUUAGCUGAGGUUCAGCUGAGAUCAGACCUUGCUGCACAGAAACUGGCUGGUUUAUACUUAUAAUCUUAAUUUGAUUAUAUUUUAAAAUAUGUUUUCUCUGCCAGGACAUUUUGGUUCCACAUUUGUUUUCACUUUAUAUUAUAUGCCUCCUUGGCAAAAAUAAAGACCGAGGCUUGUAGAAUUAUAGGUAGCAAUACCCAAAAUAGCAUGCCUUAGAGCAGCAGUUCUCCGCUGGGGACAUUUUGCUUUCCUUCUGCCUCCACCCCUACCCGGGGGCAUUUGA